AUGACGCAUGCGCCUCGUUAUUCCAGCGCCAGUGCUCGGAGAGUCUGCCUCACGAGCAAUUUACUCGCACAUAUAGGCUACUUUUAUUUCUCUCCUUCUCCUUCCUUGUAUUAUUUUCCUCCUACUCAAGCAUUAUUUUAUUUUGCUCCUACCCUUUCACUGUUUUAUUCCUCUCCUACUUCUUCCUUCCGUUAUUUUCCUCCUACUCCAGCAUUAUUUUAUUUCCUCCUCCUCUUUCUUGUUUUAUUUAUUCCUACUUUUUCAUUGCUUCAUUUUCCUCCUACCCUUUCUUUGUUUGAUUUUCCUCCUACUCUUUCCUUGUAUUAUUUUCUAUUUACUCUAGGAUUAUUUAUUUUCCUCCUACCCUUUCAUUUUUUUUAUUUCUCUCCUACUCUUUCCCUGUAUUGUUUUCCUCCUACUCUUUAUUUGUUUGAUUUUCCUCCUACUCUUUCACUGCUUUAUUUCUCUCCUACUCCUUCCUUGCGUUAUUUUCCUCCUACUCUUUCAUUGUUUAUCUCCUACUCCUUCCUUGUAUUAUUUUCCUCCUACUCUUUCAUUUUUCAUUUCUCUCCUACUCUUUCCCUGUAUUGUUUUCCUCCUACUCUUUAUUUGUUUGAUUUUCCUCCUACUCUUUCAUUGCUUUAUUUCUCUCCUACUCCUUCCUUGCGUUAUUUUCCUCCUACUCUUUCAUUGUUUAUCUCCUACUCCUUCCUUGUAUUAUUUUCCUCCUACUCUUUCAUUUUUCAUUUCUCUCCUACUCUUUCCUUGUAUUGUUUUCCUCCUACUCUUUAUUUGUUUGAUUUUCCUCCUGCUCUUUCAUUGUUUAUUUCCCUCCUACUCUUUCUUUGUAUUAUUUUCCCCUUACUCUUGGAUUAUUUUAUUUUCCUCCUACGCUUUCCUUUUUCAUUUCUCUCCUACUCCUUCCUUGUAUUAUUUUCCUCCUACUCCAGCAUUAUUUUAUUUUCCUCCUACUCUUUCAUUAUCUAUUUCUCUCCUACGCCUUCCUUAUAUUGUUUUCCUCCUACUCUUUUUUUGUUUGAUUUUCCUCCUACUCUUUCAUUGUUUAUUUCCCUCCUACUCUUUCCAUUCUGUCAAUGUUGCUUCCUCCUCUCUUUCAAUCAUACUUUCCCUCCUCCUCCUUCGAUGUUCUUCCUCCUCUCAUCCAAUGCUUCACUUGCCUCUUCUUCUUUGUAUGCUCCUUACUCCUCCUACUCUUUUAAUUCAUGUUUAUUACUCCCACUCUUCCAAUCCUCCUCUUUCAAUGUCUCUUCCCACCUACUCUUUCAAUUUUUCUACCUCUUCCUACUCUUUCAAUCCCCCAUUCUCCCCCUACGCUGUCAACGAUAUUUCUCCUCCUACUCUGUCAAUCAACCUUCCUCUUCCGACGCUGUCAAUAAUCCUUUCUCCUCCUACUCGUUUACGUCCCCUUCUUCCUCCUUCUCCGCUGUCAAUAAUCCUUUCUCCUACUACUCUUUGACUUCCCCUUCCUCUUUCUACGCCGUCAAUGGUCCUUUCUCCUCCUCCUCUUUUAACUCCCUUCCUCCUCCUAUGAUGGCUAUGAUCUUUUCUCCUACUCUUUCAAUCCCCAUUCCUCCUCCUACUCUUUCACUGAUACUAUCUACUCCUACUGUUUCAUUCUCCUAUUGCCAUUUUUUCUUCCAUCACUUUCACUUGAUUUUCUCUCGUUCUUUUUUGUUAUUUCUUUAUGUUUCAAUAUCUCUAUUGCAUGUUUCAAUGUCUCUCUUCCAUGUUUCAAUGUCUUCCCUUCAUGUUUCAAUGACACACCGUCAGGUCUCAAUGUCUCACCAUGUUUCAAUGAUGUCUUUCUUUCAUGUUGCAAUGUCUUUCCUUCAUGUUUCAAUGAUGUCUUUCUUUCAUGUUGCAAUGUCUUUCCUCCAUGUUUCAAUUUCUUCCCUUCAUGUUUCAAUGACACACCGUCAUGUUUCAAUGUCUCACCAUGUUUCAAUUAUGUCUUUCUUUCAUGCUGCAAUGUCUCUCCUUCAUGUUUCAAUGUCUCCCCUGCAUGUUUCAAUGGCGCACCUCCAUGUUUCAAUGUUUCUCCAUAUUUCAAUGUCUUUUUUUCCUGUUUCAAUGUCACUCUUGCAUGUUUCACUGUCUUCCGUUCGUGUUUCAAUGUCUCUUAGUUAUGUUUCAAUGUCUGUCCUCCAUGUAUUCAAUGUCUCUCACGUUUCAAUUUCUCAGCGUCCUGUUUCAAUGUCUCCCCAUGUUUCAAUGUUUUUUCCUUCAUGUUUCAAUGUCUCUUUAUGUUUUAAUGUCUUUCUUUCCUGUUUCAAUGUCCCUCGUGGAUUUUCAAUGUAUUCCCUUCAAGUUUCCAUGUCUCUCCUUCAUAAUUCAAUAUUUGUCUUUCAUAAUUCAAUGCCUCCCCUGCAUGUUUUAAUGGCUCUCCUCGAUGUUUCAGUGUCUCUCUUUCAUGUUUUAAUGUCACUCCUGCAUGUUUCAAUGUCUUCACUUCGUGUUUCAAUGUCUCUCCUUCAUGUUUCACCAUGUAUUCUCCAUGUUUCAAUGUCUUCCCUUCGUGUUUCAAUGUCUCUCCUUCAUGUUUCGCCAUGUAUUCUCCAUGUUUCAAUGUUUUCCCUUCAUUUUUAUUGGUGUACUUUCUUCCUACAUCCUUUCUCCCACUUUUUCACUGUUUCUUUCCUUUCUCCCUUUCUCUCUCUUAUUGGUUCAAUUUCCUCCUACCCUCUCAUUGUGUUAUUUCCUCCUACUCUUCCAUGGAUUUAUUUUCCUCCUACUUCGGCAUCGUUCUUUCAUUGUUUCAAUUUCUUCCUACCCUUUCAUUGUUUCUUUUUCUACCUCUCUUUCAUUGUUUCUUUUUCCACUAAAUCAUUCAUUGUUUCAUUUUACUCCUCUAUUAUCAUCAUUUAUUUUAGCUCCUACAUUGUGUUCAGUGUUUCGUUUUUCUCCGCCUCUUUCAUUGUUUCAAUUCCUCCUACCCUUUCAUUGUUUCUUUUUCUACCUCUCUUUCAUUUGUUUCGUUUUUGUCCCCCUCUUUCAUUUUUUCAAUUCCUCCUACCAUUUCAUUAUUUUAUUUUCCUCCUACUCCUUUGUUUUUUUUUUCUUUUUCUACUUUCUCUGUCAUUGUUUCUUUUGAUUUCUACUCGUUCAUUGUUUAAUUUGUCAUCGAUUCUUUUUUCCCUUUUACUCAUUCAUUGCUUCUUUUUUGACUCCUAA